AUGGAGUUAUCUGACGGCUUGGAUAGUGUUGGAGAUGAGCUCGAUCUUCAUCUACUCAAUGACUCGCUUCUGAGCGGAAAUAUUUUGGAUGGAGACGAUGACCUUCUGCCGGCAGGAGUUAAGAUCACCGUGGUCGCGCUUUACUGUGUCGUGUGUGUGGUGGGCCUUGUGGGGAACUGCUUGGUCAUGUAUGUCAUCAUCAGGUAUACAAAGAUGAAGACAGCCACCAACAUCUAUAUCUUUAACCUGGCGCUGGCCGAUACACUGGUUCUGGCUACUCUGCCUUUCCAAGGCACGGAUGUUCUACUAGGUUUCUGGCCCUUUGGUUUGGCUCUGUGCAAGAUGGUGGUGGCCAUUGACUACUACAACAUGUUUACCAGCAUCUUCACUCUGACCGUCAUGAGUGUGAACCGUUACAUCGCCGUGUGUCACCCAGUGCGUUCACUGGCAGUGUGUACACCCCAAAGAGCCAAGCUGGUCAACGUGGCAGUGUGGGUACUGGCCUCUGCCAUCGGAAUACCCGUUAUGAUCAUGGGACAAGAGGAAGUGGAGUCCAAUGGUAUUGAGUGCAUGGUGGUGCUUCCUGAUCCUCAAAGCUACUCUGAGCCUUUAUUCGGCGUCUGUGUGUUCCUUUUCUCAUUUUUAAUUCCAGUGGCAAUCAUUAGCAUCUGUUACGGCUUGAUGGUGCAACGCCUGCGUAGUGUACGUGUCCUCUCUGGCUCCCGUAGCAAGGACAGGAACUUGCGAAGGAUCUCACAGAUGGUUCUGGCUGUGGUGGCUGCAUUUGUGCUCUGUUGGAUGCCUGUUCAGGUCCUCGCUCUGGUUCAGGCCUUGAACAAGGUGGCUCUGGGAGGCAGCCAGACCGCUGUAGCAGCAAUGCACUUCUGCAUUGCACUGGGUUACAUCAAUAGCAGUCUCAACCCUGUGCUCUAUGCCUUCCUGGAUGAAAAUUUUAAACGCUGUUUCCAUGAGUUCUGUGUGCAAACCAACAAAGAUUUGGAGCUGGUACCACAGCAGAGGAAAUCAGUGAGCAAGGAGGAACAAGAGUUUAUACAAGCAAAUGGAGUGGUUGAUGAAGCUGGCACCAUUCCCAGGUGUGAACUAUAA